GGCACAGCAAGGAAUUCAUCGCAAUUCGCAGGUGGCAUUGUAAACGUGAAUUUCAGCUGUGGGCCGACAUGUGGUCGUCACCUUCAUGGACCGGGUGAAACCAAAAUUCCUCCAAUUUUCCGCCAUUUUUUUCCCUCUUCAGAUUGCUAGGACCUCAAUUCCGAUACCCAAUUACGUUUCACGUCUACCCCUUGACGAUCUCCGGACAAAGAUCGCCUGAAUUGGGAGCUGCAAAAGUUUCAAUUCCAGAUGAAUCUGAGUUGGUUUGCGCGGUGAGACUGCUUGGAGAACAAGGAAAACAUUGACUAAGCCAAUGGGUUUUCUGCAUUUCUUUGGUUUCUGGGAUUUGGAUCAGGGGUGGGAUUGAUUUAGGGUGGAUCGGGUCUGAAGCGAUUGUUUUUCAGUUGGUGAUUUUCAUUGGUCAAUAUGGAUUCGAGUCGGAGAGCUGUAGAGUCGUACUGGAGGUCGCGUAUGAUCGAUGCGGCGACUUCGGAUGAGGAUAAGGUCACGCCGGUGUACAAAUUGGAAGAGAUUUGUGAAGUGUUGAGAUCUUCGCAUGUCAGUAUUGUCAAGGAAUUUUCGGAAUUUAUCUUGAAGAGGCUUGAACAUAAGAGCCCGAUUGUCAAACAGAAGGCUCUCAGGUUGACUAAGUAUGCAGUUGGGAAAUCUGGUGUGGAAUUCGGAAGGGAAAUGCAGAGACACUCUGUGGCUGUCCGCCAGUUACUUCAUUACAAGGGACAGCCAGACCCCCUUAAAGGUGAUGCACUUAAUAAAGCUGUGAGGGAUACUGCUCAGGACGCCAUUUCUGCGAUCUUUGCUGAAGAGGACAACAGGCCUGCACCAUCUGAGAAUCUUAACAGUCGAAUUCAAGGUUUUGGGAACUCAAAUUAUGAACCACCAGCAGAAGAUAAAAAAUCAUUUCUUAGCGAGGUAGUUGGUUUAGGAAGUGCAUCAAUCAAGCAAGGGUUAAGUAAUCUUGCACAAGGUCAUUCCUCGAGAAAGAAUGGCACUAGUGGCCACAGGGGUCCCAAUCUUCAGAGGUCGUUGACUACUGAAAUGGAGUAUGACAAUAGAUAUGAACCAGUUGAAUAUGGCCGUGAGACUCUCGGGACAUCAAAGAGUACGAUUAGUGGACCAUGGAACCCGGAUUCUUGGGCAAAUAAGGUGGAAGCUACUAAUGGGAACCUGAGUUCUGGGUCUUCGGAGAGAAAAACUCGAGAAGAGAGGUUACUGGAGACCAUUGCAACAGCAGGUGGUGUGCGCAUACAACCAACUCGAGAUGCCAUUCAAGCAUUUCUUGUGGAAGCUGCAAAGUUAGAUGCAAUGGCGCUGAGUAGUGCUCUUGAAUCAAAGCUUAAAUCCCCAUCAUGGCAGGUUCGUUUCAAAGCUCUCUGCGUCCUUGAGUCGAUCGUUAGGAAAAAGGAUGACGAUCAUUUUUCGAUUGUGGCAUCGUAUUUCAGUGAAAAUCAAGAUGCAGUGAUUGGAUGUUCUGAAUCUCCCCAAGCAUCUCUUAGGGAAAAAGCUAGCAAGGUUAUGCCACUUUUAGAUGGAGGAAAAGGAGUCCCCUCCAUGAAUGAUUCUGAAAAGUCCCGGCCAAACAACCCCAGUUCCACUAUUCAGAUGCCAGACUUAAUAGACACAAGUGAUGCAGGUGUUUUAGAGGUUGAAAACCUGUCGAAAACUCCAUUAGUAGACGACUUAUUUGGAGAUGGCGUAAACACCGUCACAAGCACCAGCGAACUAAAGAAUGAUGAUGACCCAUUUUCAGAUGUCUCUUUUCAGACAACUGAUAAUGGAGAAAAUCCAGAUGAUCUUUUUUCUGGGAUGAACGUCGAUAAUGGUCAGGUUAGUAAUGAAAAUAAAAGGCCUGCCUCGGAACAGAAAAAUGAACAUGGAGUUUUUUAUGUUUUUGGAUCAAGUUCUGAAGCUGCAGUACAAGAACACACAAGGAAAGAUGUUAAUGACUUAAUGAGUGGUUUGUCCAUCCAUGAAAAUGCCUUGAAGAGUAAUGAUAUAGGAGAUUCCAAGGAUUCACUGUCUGAAUCUUUAUAUUCUGUUUCCAGUCAGCCAAACCAUCAGUAUCAGACUAAAGAUUCUUCUGUAAAUGGCAUAUACAGUUCACCAAUGGUUGGGACAAAUAUGAAUGCUGCCUUCCUCCCUGGAAUGACAUAUCUUCCGUCCGGCAUGAUGUUCAAUCCAGCCUUUUCAUCUCAGCCAAUGGGUUAUGCUCCCACAGGAAACUUCUUUGCUCAACAAAAUCUAGUAUCAGCCAUGUCCAAUUACCAACAGUUUGGGAACCCUCAUCUCCAAUCAAGUGGUGGAAGUGCGGGUAAUGGAGGAUAUUCUUCACCCCUUCCUGACAUAUUCCAGCCAAAUCUUGCAACACAGCCAUCUAGUUCCGUGAUGAAUAGUUCAAAGAAAGAAGAUACCAGAGCUUUUGAUUUUAUCUCAGAGCACAUUGCAGCUGCUCGGGAUCCAAAGCGGGUAGUCUGAGUUUAGGAUUGUUGGUGACGUCGGUGACAUUGGGGAGGUGAUGAAUGAAAGCCACAGUUCUGUGCCAUUAGAGAUUGAUGGCUCCAUAACGUAGGCACUAUCGACGAACCACAACACGGUACACACUUAUGAAAAAUGGGUAGAUAGAAGUAGGAAAAAGAGAAAAUGGAAGUUGAAGAAGAAUGAGAGUUGCUUUUACAUAAUCAGCUGUUUAUACUGUGGUAAUUCCUGGACUGGUUGUGUUCCAAUCUGUAGAGUUUCAUUUUGCCCAAAAAAGGAAAGAAAAAAGGAAAAAAAAAAAACUUAUUAUUGUAGUGGUUAUGGUAAUAAUGCAGCUUGUUCUUUGAAUCUUUUAAUGCAGCUUGUUCUUUCAUGUA